AAGCUUAAAAUACCCGUCCAUGGCUGCCGUGCUUCCACUCAAACCCUAGCUUCAUUCUCUUCUGGGAUUUGCCUCAACACAAAAAAAAGCCCCAAAGAAGGCUUGAACAUUUCCCUCAUCCAAAAUGGGUAUAUCUCGUGAUUCGAUGCACAAGAGGCGUGCCACUGGUGGCAAAAAGAAGGCUUGGAGGAAGAAGAGAAAGUAUGAGCUCGGAAGGCAACCAGCAAACACGAAGCUUUCGAGCAAUAAGACGGUCAGGAGGAUUAGGGUUCGUGGUGGAAAUGUGAAGUGGAGAGCUCUGAGACUCGACACUGGGAACUACUCAUGGGGAAGUGAGUCCGUGACUCGUAAGACCAGAGUUUUGGAUGUGGUGUACAAUGCAUCGAACAACGAGUUGGUUCGUACACAAACUCUGGUCAAGAGUGCUGUUGUUCAAGUCGAUGCUGCUCCGUUCAAGCAGUGGUAUCUCCAGCACUAUGGUGUUGAAAUCGGUCGCAAGAAGAAAACCGCAGCGGCCAAGAAAGAAGGAGAGGAAGGUGAAACCGGCACUGAGGAGACAAAGAAGAGCAACCACGUUCAAAGGAAGCUAGAGAAACGUCAACAGGAUCGCAAGCUCGACCCACAUAUCGAGGAUCAAUUUGCAAGCGGUCGUUUGUUGGCUUGUAUCUCUUCAAGGCCUGGUCAGUGCGGCCGUUGUGAUGGAUAUAUCUUGGAAGGCAAAGAGUUGGAGUUCUACUCGAAGAAGCUCCAGAGGAAGAAGGGGAAAGGGGCUGCCUAAAAAUCCCGGUAUGAGAGGUUUCAUCUCACACAUCGGAAUCUCCUUUUUUGCCUCGUUACUUUUUUAAGAACAUUAAAGAUUAUGUUUUGAACUUUUGUUCUGAAUGUGUCGACGACGUUUUCGUGUUUUUUGAUGUUCGAUGAUGAUGAACUUUAUAAAUGCAGCAGGCCAUUUUUAUUGGUAAAUGAUUAAUCUUACAGGCCUCCAUUUUUUAUUA